AUGCUGGGAGACAGAAGAGGAGCACCAUCCCGGAGGGGAAUGACCGUGCUCGGGAAGAUUCCUGCCGUUCCAAAACCAAUCAACCUUCCCAGUCAAAAGCUUGAGAACAAAGGACUCGACCCAUCAGUCGCACUUGUCCCACGAGGAAGUCUUACAUGGGGAUCCAACAAGCCCACUGCUUCCUCCGCCUGGGCCGUUCCUGAACCCCCUCCACCCGCUCCUCCUUCCGCAUGGAAGCCGCCUGGCGCAGAGCAAUCCCCACCACCCCCUUCCGUCUCCACGUGGCCUCAGCCCAAUGGAAAUCCCUCUCCAGUCAACCGCUCCCCUGUCCCUCCGUAUCCUCCGGGGCCCUCACCUCAAGGACCCCCUGGUUCUGGACCGCCAGGUCUGGGGCCUCCAGGUCCGGGAGCGUUUCCGAGCCUGACUUCUGACCGUAGGAGCCCCGUUCCUGGUGGUCCAGAUUCGUCAUAUCAGCAUCAGCCGCAGCGGUCGCCGCACCACGAGGGGGAGCCUGGCGCAUCUGGGUACCCGCAGUGGGGGGGACAGGGGCCAGGGGGGCCGCGCGAAGGCCCGCGGGGGGGGCCGUACGGGGGGACGCCGCCAGGUGGUUCGCUGCGGAGCUCGCCUAACCCCUCUGCGUGGUCGACCUCCACCGACCGCCAUGGCGAAUCGGACGGCAAAGGAGGGCAGUUCCAUCUGUCGGCGGGAGAUUUUCCCUCGCUGGGGUCAGAACAGGCCAAGCAGCAGCAGCUGCAGCAGCAGCAGGAGCAGCAGGGGCAGCAAGGCCAGCAGCAGCAGCAGCAGCAACAGGGACAGCAAGAGGGCUCGCGUCAUCCGAGUGAGCAGGACGGCGCGGGGUAUUACCGAGGGAGGGACGACGGGCAGGAGCACGGAGAGCACGGGCAGCGUGGUGAAGGGCCCAUGGGAUGGGACCAGGGCAUGGGGCGCAGGCCUGGCGCGGGACCAGAGCAGAUGAUGCCUGCGCGCUGGCAUCCGCACCCCCCCGGCGCGGGGGGCGGAGGCUUUGAGGAUCCCCCCCCGCACGACCUCUGGCCCGCGCACAGGGCGGACCGUAUGCCUCCCCCUCCUGGGGACACGUGGCACCGCGGCGGCCCUGAUGGUGACACGUGGCGUCAUGGAUCUGGUGGGAGCGGUGCGGACGGGGGUGGCGGAGGUGGAGGCGGAGGAGCGGGGGCGUCGUGGCGGAGGGGUGAGGUUGGUGUUGGGAGGUCCCCGCCUCCGCCGGGUGCGGGCGCGGGGGGGGAGAUGUGGCGGGAGAGGGGUCCGGAGAGUGAAAACUGGCGCGCAGGGGGACCAGCAGGAACAGGACCAGGCGCGGGUGGCGCAGCAGGAGGGGGAGGGCCGGGGGAGAACUGGCGGGGGCCGCCAGGGAUGGCCCCGCCAAUGGGGUAUGGGCGUGGCGGGGGACACCCAAUGUACCGCGGACCAGAAGGCCCGGAGUUCGGGUUUGCGCACGGGGCGGGGCGGGGAGGCCCUCCGCCUGGCGCAAUGUACGACGGGCCCAUGCGCCCGGGGAUGAUGCCCCCGCACGGCUACGGCAUGCAUAUGGAUCCGCGGGGAGGGGGGAGGUUUGGCGCGCGGUAUGGCCCGGGGCAUGGGCCGGGCGCGGGGAUUCCGCAUGGUCCGCAAGGGAGAGGCGCAGGUCCGCAGUUUGACAUGCCCCCCGGAAUGUUCCCCCCUCCGCCUCCGUUUGACCAUUUCCAUGCGCCGCUGGGGCAGGGCCGUCCGCCUUUCCGCCCCAUGGGCGCGCACGAGUUCAUGGGCGCGGGGCGGGGAGGCCCCCAAGGGUUCGACGGGCGCGGGGGCAUGGCGCGGGAGCAUGCGGGGCGCGGACAUGGCCGUCCGCCCAUGGAGCCGUACGGUCCGCGUGGGGAAAUUGGCGCAGGGGAUGGAUGGCAGGGGCAGCCUUCUGCGCCGGGGGCGGCGGACGAGGGGAAACGGAGGGGAGGGGAACCCGGGGAGGCGCAAGAAGGUAGCGAAGCGCAGCGGAAGGGGCAGGAGCAGUCUCAGCAGCAGCAGCAGUCACAGUCGCAGCCGCAGCAGCAGCAGCAGCAGCAGCAGCAGUCACAAUCGCAACAGCAGCAAGCUUCGCAGCCGCAUCGGCCAUACCACAAAGAUCACCACAUUGGGAUCGACUGGGCCUCUGCAGAGAGCGAAACCAUGGACUUUUCCAAACCCGCGUUUGAGGAUGACCCGUUUCUGGGUAGAGCACCCGAGGGGACCCCGCGCGGGGCAGAUGGGGGGAAGGGGGAACAGGGGGGUCGGGAUUCUGGGAGGGGCGCGGAAAGCGCUGGAAGAACGCAGCCGGAGCAGGUUCGCAUCUUGAAGCGGCCAGAAGGAGGGGCGGCGGGCGGAGAGGGUGUAGCGCAAGGGGUUAGUGCGGGCAGUGGGAGUGCAGGUGUGGCUGCGCAGGUCUCGUCUGGGCAGGUCGCAUCUGGGCCGGUGCCAGCUGCGCAGGCAGCAGCAGGUGGGCAUGCAGCGGGCGUGACUGGUCCGAGCGCAGGGCUGGGGAGGGAGGUCCUCGUUAAGAGCCCGCGGCCGUUCAGCCGAGGCCCUCUGCGGUCGCCGCGGGAGGUGCCUCGAAGGAGGGCCUCUCCCGCUCCUGAUCCCAGUGCUGCACCUGGUUCCGCGCCUGGUGGUUCCGCGCCUGGUGGCUCCGCGCCUGGUGGCUCCGCGCCUGGUGGCCCCGCGCUUGGUGGUUCCGCCGCUGCGGCAUCUGCUUCCGCUCCUGCUGCCGCGCCUGCUGCUGCUCCAGCCACGGUUUCUUCUGCUGUUACAGCGACGCCUGGUGGCAGUGUAGUCUCAGCACCCGCGCCAAGCGCGCAGGAACAGGGUCCGGGGAGUGGAUUUGCUGCCGCUGGCGGAGCUGGGGCGGGGCGGGGCCGCGGGCGCGGAAGAGAGCAAGGCAGGCCUAGGGGCGCGGGGCCGGGGGAGGCGGACGGGCGCUGGACCCCCGCGCGGCAGCAGGGGGAGGCGCAGGGCAGGGGGGAUGGAGGCGUGGGCAGAGGAAUGGGCGGAAGGGAGGGGCCUGUGCAGGGCCGGAGGGGGGCGGUUGGUAAAGUGACGGAGAAGGAAGAGCAGGGGCAGCAGAGAGGGGGGGCAGGGCAGGUCGGACAGGUGGGCUCCGGGGCGAGUAUGGCAGGUGGAGUGCCAGUGCAGGGAACCGGGCCGGAAUCUUCGAAUGCAGGGGCAGCUGCUGGUUCUGCUACUUCAGGCCUAGCACAGAACUCCACGGAAGGGGCAGUGGGAGGUGUGGCAGGAGGAGGUGGAGGAGCAGCAACAGCAGCAGCAGCAGCAGCAGCAGCCGCAGGUGGAAACGUUAAGGCGGAGCCACUACUUCCCGCGCCUACGUCAGUUCCGCGGAUCAUCAUGGGUCCCCCAAUCCCCCAGUUCCUCGCCCCUGUCGGGCCUCCUCACGGGAUGCGCCAUCCGCAGUUCUUCCCCCACCCGCCCUUCCCCAUGCAGCACAACCUUCCGCCUAACCUUCCGCCAAACAUGCCCCCGAACGCUCCCCCUGGCGCGCGCCCCACGUCGUUGCUCCCCGGACAACAGGUGCUGCCUCUGCACCUGCUUCCGCCAGGCCAUGCGCCCCCGCACCAACCACCCCCCGGCGCGCAUCCGCACGCCCAUCCCCAUGCGCCCCCGCUCCCCCAGCAGCACGCGCAAGGCGCCAAAGACAGCCUGCUUGCGCUACCCGCGGGAGGGCCCGCCAGUUUCCUCGCGGGGAUGCCUGCGCCAGGGGCGUGGGGGGGCUCUGGGGCACCGGGGGGACAUGGGGUAUCGGGGGGAUCAGGGGAAGGAGCAGCUGGACAGGCGGUAUCUGUGAAUGAGAGGGCCAAGGGAGGGGCUGGGACGGGAUGGGUUGGGGAGAUGGCAGGUCAAGGCGGGGCAGGGAGAGGAGCAGCAGAAGGAGGAGUGGGAAGCGGUGGAGUGGUGUCUAACGGAGGAUAUGUGGAGGCAGGAAGCGUUGGCUCCGCUGGAAGCUCAAGAAAAGAAGGAGAUAAGGGGGAGGUUGGGGAAGGAGCAGGUGGGGGGAGUAGAGGGAGGGGGAGAAAGCGGGGAGGGCAGAGGAGGAAGGGCGGAAGGGGGAAGGGAGGGGCGGAAGGUGACGUGGGGGGAGGAGAGGGGGCGGUUGAGGGGGAUGCUUCUGGUGUUUCUGGGGGUGGUGGGAGUGCUGCUGGUGGUGGUGGUGGCGUAUUGGGAGGAGGAGGAGGUGGCAGUGGGGAUCAAAGGACUGUGGGUGGGGCAGCAGCAGGUGGGGCAGCCGCGGGUGGGGCGUCAGUGGGUGGGGCAGCAUCGGCCGGGCAGGUGGCAAGGGAGCUGGGUGGCCAGCGGGGAGCAUGGCAGGGAGCGCCUGGCAGCGUUGCUGCUAUUAGGGCCGGUGCUGGUGGGGACGCUGGGAAGCAGGCAGGAGGAGCAGGAGGAGCAGGAGGAGGAGGAGGAGGAGGGGGAGGAGCAGGAGCAGGAGGUGCAAAGGGUGCAGCAGGAGGGGGAGGAGGAGGGGGGGGGAAGGGCGCAGGAGCACGCACGGAGGGGGGAGGCAGUGCUGCUGGGGGGUCGGUGAGUGGAGCAGCGGGCACAGGAGCGCAAGGAGGGGGUGGGCGGAGGCAUGGGGGAAGGCGAGGAGGGUCAGGGGGGAGGGGAACAAGUCAGGGAGGAAGUAAUGGAGGGGAGGUGGCUGUGGUUGGGGGUGGGGGUGGGGGAAUGGGAGGUAAGGUAGAUUCAGGGAAGGCUGCAACUAGUUGGGCUGCUGCUGCUGCAGCUGCUGCAUCUGGUCCUGCUCCCCCUCGUCCAUCCUCUUCAGGUGCCCCUUCUGCAGCUGCGUCUGCACCCUCUGGUGGUAGUGUGAGCGGAGCGAGUGGAGGGAGCACAGGUGGCACUGGCUCUGCUGCACCGGGCACAUCAACUUCUGGGAAGAAGGCAGAGUCUGGUGCCGGUGGGGUGGGCACUGGUGUGAAGGCAACUGGAUGGGGCAAUGCGGGGGGGGCGGGAAUGGGGAGGGGUGUGAGAGGUGGGAUCGUCUGGGGCGGACGUGGCAGAGGCUCGGUGGGAGGCUUGGGAGGUGGUCCGGGAGGAGGUCCGGGUGUGCCAGCACGAGGUUCAGAACGGCCUCGGGAGGUGAUCAAUGCGACAGGAGGGGCGCUGCCUCAGUCUCUCAGGCAGGAUGGAGGAGCGGGGUUGCUUGGGGGAGCAUCUGGAAAAGGAGGAACUGGAAAGGCUUGA